AUGUCUGCAACAACGCUCAGAUUCCAGAGCAGCGAUGGGGUUGUGAUUACUAUCGACCGCGAUGUCGCUCAACGCUCUGUUCUGAUCAAGAAUUUGCUCGAGGAUCUUGGUGAUACUACGGAAGCUAUCCCUAUCCCUAACGUCAAUGAAGCUGUCCUGAGGAAGGUCAUUGAGUGGUGCGAGCACCACAAGGGCGACCCCCCCAGCACCGGUGACGACGAUGACUCUCGUCGUAAGACCACCGACAUCGAUGAGUGGGACCAGAAGUUCAUGCAGGUCGAUCAAGAGAUGCUGUUUGAGAUUAUCUUGGCCGCGAACUACCUCGAUAUCAAGGGCCUGCUGGAUGUUGGCUGCAAGACCGUCGCCAACAUGAUCAAGGGCAAGUCCCCCGAAGAAAUCCGCAAGACAUUCAACAUUCAGAACGAUUUCACUCCUGAGGAGGAGGAUCAGAUCCGCCGGGAGAAUGAGUGGGCUGAAGAGUAA